AUGGCUUUAAUGGAAAGAACUCCAGGCAGAUGGCCACGUCCUGUUUGGCAUGCUCCUUGGAAGAUGUACAAGGUCAUUAGCGGCCACUUGGGAUGGGUACGAUCCAUUGCCUUUGAUCCAAGCAACAAAUGGUUCUGCACCGGCUCUGCAGAUCGCACGAUCAAGAUAUGGGAUGUAGGAACCGGAACCCUACAGCUCUCACUGACAAGACACAUUGAACAAGUACGAGGACUUGCUGUUAGCAGCAGGCACACCUACAUGUUCUCUGCCGGCGAUGACAAGCUGGUUAAAUGCUGGGACCUCGAACAGAACAAGGUUGUCCGUUCAUAUCAUGGUCAUCUGAGCGGUGUUUACUGCUUGGCGGUUCAUCCCACGCUUGAUAUUUUACUCACCGGUGGACGCGAUUCUGUGUGCCGGGUUUGGGAUAUUCGAAGCAAGGUGCAAGUUUUUGCAUUGUCGGGGCAUGACGACACAGUUUGCUCAGUUUUCACUCGACCGACAGAUCCACAAGUUGUCACUGGCUCUCAUGACUCGACCAUCAAGCUCUGGGACUUGAGGUAUGGGAAAACAAUGUCAACACUUACACACCAUAAGAAAUCUGUGCGUGCAAUGGCGCAACAUCCUAAGGAUAUCAAUUCUUUCGCAUCUGUAUCCGCUGACAACGUGAAGAAGUUCAACUUUCCGAACGGCGAAUUUUUGCACAACAUGCUGUCUCAGCAGAAAACUAUAGUUAAUGCAAUGGCUGUGAAUCGGGAUGGUGUCAUGGCAACUGGAGGUGACAGUGGGAGUGUGUGGUUUUGGGAUUGGAAGAGCGGUCAUAAUUUUCAACAAUCGCAAACAAUUGCGCAGCCUGGCUCCCUGGAUGGUGAAGCUGCUGUAUAUGCUCUUUCCUUUGAUAGAACUGGUACAAGGUUGGUGACUUGCGGAGCUGAUAAGACGAUCAAAAUGUGGAAAAAGGACCAAAAUGCCACUCCAGAAACCCAUCCUCUCAAUUUCAAGCCUCCUAAAGAUAUUCGACGGUUCUAG